GUUCAAAGGUCAUACUGUUGUGAAAUUUCUGCGCCGGUCGCAAUUCAAAUCACAAUAUUUCCCCAAAUAAACUAAUUGAUGGCUUCUAACAAGGAGUGCCUAAUUAUUGUGCUAGAUGUGCGCAACUGUGCCGCCGAGGAUGUAAAACUAAAAUCUGUGAAAUGUGCGUCGGAGAUUAUCAAGGAAAAGAUUGUGUGCGACAAGAAGGAUCUAGUAUCCUUUGUGCUGGUGGGCUGCGAUAGCCGUGAGAAAGAUUUGAAGGCGCCAAAUGUGGUGCAAUAUGAGAAAAUCCAACUGUGCACUUGGAAUCUUCUCCUAGAUUUUUUCAAGUUUGUAAACAAAACAGCGUGUGAGGAGGGACAGUGGCUGGAUGGACUGAAAGUGGCCUUAAAGCUGCAAGAAGAGGCUUUGGUAUUUAAGCCCGCCAGACGGAGGAUCCUUUUGCUCUUCGAUUUCAAUUCCUUUCCGCAGGACUACGCGAAGUUCAACACAAUCACCGACACACUGUUCAACGCCGAUAUUGAAUUGAUUGUGGGCACCCACAACAUAUCGUACAUAGACGGCGCCGAGAGCGGUCAGCCUCAGGCCAUUUUCAAUUUCUCGCGUAAGUGCAGCCCGGUGGAGCUGGAGAACCAGAAGUACGCUCUCAGCCUCGUGUCCCGCUGCAACGCCACACUGUGCAACUUCAAGGAGGCCCUGCGCACCGUCUUCAAGGUGACCAACAGGCGACCCUGGUCGUGGAAUGCCAAGCUGCAUAUUGGCAGCAAGAUCAGCAUUAACCUGCAGGGCGUGAUCGCCAUGAAGAACCAGACGUCCGUAAAGCUAAAAAAGGUCUGGGGGGAGGACAACGAGGUGGUCUCCCGCGAGACACGGCAUUUCAUCAAGGGCACUGAGGUGACGCCGAAGCCGGAGGAUUUGGUAACCGGUUACAUGCUGGGCGGGACCCCGGUGCCCUAUGACGACGCCCUACUGGAACCAAAAGAGCCCCAUCCGCCGGGCCUGCACUUCUUCGGAUUUAUCAAGCGCGACGCUGUCCCGGAUGAGUACUUUUGCGGAGAUUCCUUGUACCUGUUGGUACACCAAAAGGGGAACACUGCCUCUGCCAACAAACUGGACGCUCUGGUACGCGCCUUGAUUGCCUCGGAUCGGGCUAUUCUUUGCUGGAAAAUCUACAGCUCCAAGUUUAAUACUCCGCGGAUGGUGGUGCUUCUGCCCCGUUUGGCGGACGACUCUAAUCCGGCCACACUCAACAUGCUGGAGGUGUCCUACACGGCCCAGCAUCACUUUUGGGACUUCCCAGCUCUGCGAACCGCCAAAUCGGAGAGCAGUGAGGAGCAGCUUCAGGCCAUCGACCGGCUGAUCGACAGCACGGAUCUGGAGUGCUCACUGCGAGACACGCAGCAGCCGCGGUCAUGGCCCCAGAACGAUCUGCUGCCAUUCGACGGGCUGCCCAGCAUCUUUGAGCAAAACGUGAUGGACAUCCUGGAGUGGAAAGUGAUCAAGAAGGAGGACGAUCAAUCGAGCAAGAAGGAGGACGAUCAAUCGAGCAAGAAGAAGGACGAUCAAUCGAGCAAGAAGAAGGACGAUCAAGCUAAGAAGGAUGCCGACAUGUUCGCUCAGAUGGUGAAGGACAAGAAAUUUUCAGAUGUAUUUUGGCGAGUCCCUGAGCCGCUGGAGGAGAAGUCCAAGCAGGCGGCAGCUACCGUGAAGAAGCUCUUCCCCAUGCGCUACAGUCGCGAAUGGCUAGAGAAGCUUAAGGCCAAGGAGCAGGCUGAAAACGGAGAGGCCGUUAAACAGGAACCACCAGAGAAGGAGAUCCCCAUGCCCAGCGACGGUGUGGGUUUGUCUAAUCCCGUUCAGGACUUUACCCGCAUUCUGGCCAGCGUUCGCUCCAUCACAAAUGCCACCCAGAAGGAUGCUCGCUUCCAGGCCCUUGCCGCCCAGGUGCGUGUUCUCGUUUUCACUCUACUGGAACGUAAGAAACUCAAUAGCAAAGAGCUGGGCGAGCUUAUUAGUCUGUACCGAGAGAGCUGCGUGGACUUCAAUGCGUUCCUCGAGUACGAAAAGUUUGCAGACGAGCUUAAGGUCGCUGUGCGGGCAAAGAACCUCAAGGAGUUCUGGCAGAUGGUCGUCAUGGACAAGCAGUUGGGUCCGCUGGUGCUAGGCGAACCCACGCUGGACGAUGAAUUGGCUCUAAAAGCGUACUAUGGCAUCGACAAUUGGAGAGAAGAGAUGGAAGUUGAGUAAGAUGUUGUGGAGACGGACUCCUAGUAUCUUAAGAACAACAUUUCUAUUAAUAUAACAUACAUGAAAUCAUUCCUUGUUUUUAAUUUAAAAUAAAAUUUGUUGAAAAUGAAAAA